AUGCGUUUCACUGCUGCUUCCAUUGCUUUCUUCGCCGGCCUUGCCGCUGCUCUCCCCAACGGUGACGUCCAGACCGUCUACGAGACCCAGGAUGUUACCAUCACCUCCUGCGCUCCCACCGUCACCAACUGCCCUGCUCGUUCCACCUCCACCCCCCAGGGUGCUGACGCCGUGACCGCUACUUCCGCUGCCCACAGCACCGCUUCUGCUCCCGCUGAGACUCACUCCGCCCACAGCAGCAGCAGCGCCAGCAGCGUUCCCGUCAUCCCUGCUCCCUCCAACACUGCUCCUGCCGCCUCCAGCGUCUCCGUCAUUGCUGUGACCACCUGCGUGCCCACCGUCACCUACAUCACCGUCCCUGUCGGUACUCCUAGCAGCUCUGCCGGUGCCGUUUCUCACACUUCCGUCCCCGUCAUCCCCUCUGCUCACACCGGCAAGCCUACUCCUAGCGCUACUCCUUCCUCUACUCCUCCUGGUGGUCUCGCCACUGGCGCUGGUAACACCCUCGGCGGCUCUUUCGUCUUCGCUGGUGCUGCCGCCGCUGCCGCUUUCUUCCUGGCUUAG